GUGUGGGUGCAGGCGAUGGUACCGGUGCUGCGUUACCUGGGGGGUGCCUGCGGACGGGCCCGUGGGGGCUUCCCCGGGAGCUUCUCCGGGGUGUGCGGGUCGGCGUCGGGAAGGCCCUGGCCGCUUUGCGGGGGUGUCCGCAGUGCUAGCAGCAGCUCAUUUGAUAUAGUCAUUGUUGGUGGUGGAAUUGUGGGCCUUGCCUCUGCCAGAGCACUUAUCCUGCGACAUCCUGCACUUUCAAUUGGUGUUCUGGAAAAGGAGAAAGAUUUAGCUACUCACCAGACUGGACAUAACAGUGGUGUCAUACAUAGUGGAAUUUAUUAUAAACCUGAAUCUCUAAAAGCUAAAUUGUGUGUACAAGGUGCAGACCUCAUCUAUGAGUACUGUAACAAGAAGGGAAUUUCCUACAAGCAGUGUGGCAAGCUAAUAGUAGCUGUUGAACAAGAAGAAAUUCCUAGACUUCGGGCCCUGUAUGAGAGGGGCCUGCAGAAUGGUGUCCAAGGCUUGAGACUGAUUCAGCAGGAGGAUAUAAAAAAGAAGGAGCCAUAUUGUAGGGGUCUAAUGGCUAUUGAUUGUCCAUAUACUGGCAUUGUCAACUAUCGGCAGGUAGCUUUGUCAUUUGCCCAGGAUUUCCAAGAAGCUGGUGGGUCUGUCUUGACUAAUUUUGAAGUAAAAGAUAUUGAAAUGGCUAGAGAAAGCCCUCCAAGAAGUAUAGAUGGGAUGAAAUAUCCAAUUAUGGUAAAGAAUACAAAGGGAGAGGAAAUUCAGUGUCAGUAUGUUGUGACGUGUGCAGGACUUCACUCAGAUCGUAUUUCAGAGUUAAGUGGCUGCAAUCCUGAUCCUCAAAUUGUACCAUUCCGGGGAGAUUACCUGCUCUUGAAGCCAGAAAAAUGCUAUCUUGUAAAAGGAAAUAUUUAUCCGGUUCCGGAUAGCCGCUUUCCUUUCCUAGGAGUUCACUUCACACCAAGGAUGGACGGGAAUAUUUGGCUAGGGCCUAAUGCAGUUCUUGCCUUUAAACGGGAAGGAUACAGACCCUUUGACUUCAGUGCCAGAGAUGCUAAGGAUUUAAUUGCCAAUAGUGGCCUGAUUAAACUGAUCUCCCAGAAUCUCUCCUAUGGAGUUAGUGAAAUGUAUAAAGCCUGCUUUCUGAGUGCAACAGUGAAGCACCUUCAAAAAUUCAUCCCUGAAAUUACUAUCACUGAUAUACUUAGAGGUCCAGCUGGAGUAAGAGCCCAAGCUCUGGAUAGAGAUGGAAAUCUGGUAGAUGAUUUUGUAUUUGAUGGAGGAGUUGGGGAUAUUGGAAGUCGCAUUCUUCAUGUGAGAAAUGCUCCUUCCCCUGCUGCCACUUCCUCCCUUGCAAUUUCUGGAAUGAUUGCAGAUGAAGUGCAGCAACGGUUUGAAUUGUAAAUAAUGGAAGGGGUUGGGUAUGCAUUAUAACCUCCAUAUCAGCAACAAGAAUGUAUUAAUUGUGUUCUUUAAUUGUAAUUUAAGAAAAAGAUUUUAAACCAGGAUGGUGGCACAUGCCUGUAAUCCUAGUGACUUGAGAGG